GAUCACCAUCGGACGAUGAAUUUUUUAUGGUGUGUCGUUUGUCUCGCAGCGGCGGCGCUGAACGCGGUGUUCGCCAAGCUCGGCCAGAAGGCAGGGACGUCAUGGAACAUCAGCGGCGACCCCUGCACGGGCGCCGCCACGGACAACACCGACAUCGACAGCAACCCCAACUUCAACCCGGCCAUCAAAUGCGAAGUCUGCACCGGCGGCAACACCUCCGUAUGCCGCGUCACCAAGCUGAAAAUAUACGCCUUGGACGCGGUCGGUUCCAUACCAGAAGAGCUGCGGAACCUCACAGCCUUGACCAAUCUGAAUUUAGCACAAAAUUACCUAACAGGGCCUUUACCAUCCUUCAUGGGCGAGUUGACUAAUAUGCAGUACAUGAGUUUGGGUAUCAAUGCAUUAUCUGGACCUGUACCAAAGGAGCUCGGGAAUCUUACGAAUCUUAUAGUACUGAGCUUUAGCUCAAACAAUUUUAGUGGCUCGCUUCCUUCGGAACUGGGAAACCUCACAAAACUUGAGCAACUGUACAUUGAUAGUGCUGGCGUCAGUGGACCACUACCAUCAUCACUUUCCAAGCUUACAAAAAUGAAACAAUUGUGGGCAUCAGAUAAUGAUUUUACCGGGCAAAUACCAGAUUAUAUUGGGAGCUGGAGUAGUUUAACCGAUCUGAGGUUUCAAGGCAAUUCUUUUCAGGGUCCAAUUCCAGCUACUCUUUCCAAUCUGGGCCUACUGGCAAGCUUACGAAUUGGUGAUAUAUUAAAUGGGAGCUCUUCUUCACUGACAUUCCUCAAUAACCUGACAUCUUUGAACACCCUGAUUCUGAGGAACUGUAGGAUAUCUGAUAAGCUCGUAUCAACAGACUUUUCGAAAUUCACGAGUUUAAAUUUACUGGAUUUGAGUUUCAAUAAUAUCACAGGAGAAGUACCACAAACCUUGUUGAAUCUGACCUCACUCACCUUCCUAUUUCUUGGGAAUAAUAGCCUUUCAGGAAGCCUUCCAAGCUCAAUAGGAUCAUUACUAAAAAGUUUAGAUUUUUCCUACAACCAGCUCUCAGGAAGCGUUCCUUCUUGGGCUAAAGAUUCUCAAUUGAAUCUGGUGACAAACAAUUUCGUGGCCGAUAGUUCCAGCAACAGUGUCUUACCUACGGGGUGGGGUUGCCUUCAGCGUAGUACACCAUGUUUUCUUGGUUCUCCAAAGUCUUCUUCCUUCGCUGUGGACUGUGGUAGUAUGCGAUCUGUAUCAGGCUCAGAUAAUUCUGUGUAUGAACCUGAUGAUGCCAGCCUUGGAGCUGCAUCAUUUUAUGUUACAGGAGGGCCAACAUGGGGUGUUAGCAACGUUGGAAGGUUCAUGGAUUCACGGAAUGGAAGUUAUAUAAUCUAUAGUUCACACCAGUUUCAAAAUACACUUGAUACAGAACUGUUCCGGAAUGCAAGGAUGUCACCGUCAUCCUUAAGAUACUUCGGUAUUGGACUUGAAAAUGGAAACUAUACAGUUACACUUCAAUUUGCAGAGUUCGACUUCCCAGAUGGUCAGUCUUGGAAGAGCACAGGGAGAAGGGUUUUCGAUAUAUAUGUCCAGGGUGUCCGUAAAGAGCAGAACUUUGACAUAAGGAAGGAGGCAGGUGGGAAAUCUUACACUGCUGUUAGGAAGCAGUACAUUGUUCCUGUCACGAAGAACUUUCUUGAGAUUCAUCUCUUCUGGGCUGGCAAGGGCACUUGCUGCAUUCCUUCUCAAGGCUACUACGGGCCUGCGAUCUCAGCUUUGAGUGCAACACCAAAUUUCACCCCUACAGUGCGUAAUGCUGUCGCAAAGAAGAAAGGUAGUAAAAUAGGUGUGAUUGUGGGGGUUAUAGUUGGUGUGGCAGUUUUAGGACUGUUAGCAUUUGCUGGAAUCUUUGUUUGGAGGCAGAAAAGGAGAAAACUGUCGUUGGAGCAAGAAGAGCUGUACAGUAUUGUGGGAAGACCUAAUGUUCUCAGCUAUGGGGAACUGAGGUCAGCUACCGAAAAUUUCAGUUCUAAUAACCUUCUUGGUAAAGGAGGAUAUGGGUCAGUUUAUAAGGGAAAGUUAACUGAUGGUAGGUUUGUGGCAGUGAAGCAGCUGUCUGAAACAUCUCAUCAGGGGAAAAAGGAAUUCGCGACGGAAAUAGAAACUAUAUCUCGGGUGCAGCACCGUAAUCUCGUGAAGUUGUAUGGUUGCUGCCUUGAGGGCAAUAAGCCAUUGUUGGUUUAUGAGUACCUGGAGAAUGGAAGCUUGGACCAUGCUCUUUUUGGAAAAGGGAGGUCAAACCUAGACUGGCCAACGCGCUUUGAGAUAUGCUUAGGCAUUGCGAGAGGUCUGGCCUAUCUUCAUGAAGAAUCUAGCAUCCGUGUUGUGCACAGGGACAUAAAGGCCAGCAAUGUCUUACUUGAUGCCAAUCUCAAUCCUAAGAUCUCAGAUUUCGGGCUCGCAAAACUUUACGAUGAUCAGGAGACACAUGUCAGCACGAAAGUUGCUGGUACAUUUGGUUACCUCGCACCUGAGUAUGCCAUGAGAGGCCAUGUGACAGAGAAGGUUGAUGUGUUUGCAUUUGGCGUUGUGGUAUUGGAGACUUUAGCUGGAAGACCAAACUAUUACUCUACUCAGGACCAAAACAAGGUUUAUAUUUUCGAAUGGGUCUGGGAACUGUACGAGGACAACCACCCUCUGGACAUGCUAGACCCAAGGCUCGAAGAAUUCGAUAGCGAGGAGGUGCUCCGGGCCAUCAAGGUGGCGCUCGUGUGCACCCAAGGCUCACCCCACCAGCGGCCAUCCAUGUCGAGGGUGGUGGCCAUGUUGACGGGCGACGUCGAGGCGCCCAGCAAUGUGUCCAAGCCCAGCUACAUCACGGAGUGGCAGAUCAAGGGUGGUGGCAACACCAGCUUCAUGAGCUCCAACGUCAGUGGGCAAUCGAGCUCGACUCAGAGGACUGACUCAGUGCGGUUGCCGUUCCUGGGCUCCAUCAUUGACGAAGGCCGUUGAUUUGAUUCAUUCUCGCGGUCGAAUUAUCAGAUUUAUUUGAGAAUGCAUUCAUCUUGCGGAUGGUGUUUGUGCAGUCAGUAAUUGUUUGCGUAAAUAUAGGUUUGAUUUCAUUUGCUAGUGCUCAUACUUGCAUUGCCAUUGGAACUGUGUAGUAGUAGUAGCAGGUAAAGUUGUAUGUGUACCGUGUACAUAUGUAUUAUUUGGCCUGUUUGGACGGGCAUAAGAUUUGCAAUAAUUUUGGCCUCGACUUUGAAGCUUGAAGAAGGCUUCGUUCGUGCCCACAUG